GUUUAUACGAUGUUGUAUCUGAUUACUUGAUUUCAUCUCAUCCAUGCUAAUAUAGCUACGCUAUUAUUGGAGACAAUUAUAUCUUCAGACGAGCGAAGCGACAAAUUUCUCACGACUUUGUUUCAAUUAUCAAAAGGAAUCGUCAGCUAGUCGCGCAGAGUAAAUCGUCAUGGAAUCUAUCUAUGACUUCGUAAUCGUUGGCGGCGGACCGUCCGGCUGUGCCGUAGCAUCCGGUCUAGCGAAGUCUCCCAAGAAGCCAUCAGUACUUCUACUGGAAGCAGGAGGCGACAACGACGACCACAAUCUUCGUGUCGACGGUCAGCGAUGGACGACAUCCAUCAACAAGGACCUGAAUUGGGGAUAUAAAACGACUCCCCAGGAGUAUUGCGGAAAUCGGGAGCUAAACCUACCCAGUGGCCGGGGCCUGGGAGGUGGAAGCGCUAUCAACUUUGCCAACUAUACCAUCGGUUGCCGAGAUGAUUACGAUGAAUGGGCAAGGAUCGUAGGCGACGAUACUUUCCGUUGGGAACGCAUGCAAACCCGUUUCAAGGACUUGGAGUCGUUCAACGGCGAACCGCCCGCAGGCGUCGGCAAGAAGUAUGCUGCCCCUAAACCCACAGACCAUGGUACUUCCGGCCCCCUGAAGGUAGGGUAUACCAAGGAGUGUGUAGAAGAUCUCACAGAGAUACUCGACUGCUUCGAGCAGGCCGGUUUUCCGCUGAACCCAGAUCACAACUCGGGAAAUCCGAUCGGGAUGUCGGUAUCUAUCAAUUCUUGCCAAAAUGGUGUUCGUUCGACUGCGGCAGAUUUGAUAACGCCGGCCCCGGAUAACUUAACAGUCUCCACGCACUCUCCAGUGCAACGAGUGAUUAUCGAAGGCAAGAAAGCUAUCGGGGUGGAAUCAAACGGAAAGAAGUACUUUGCGUCAAAGGAGGUCGUCUUAUGUGCUGGCGCCCUACACAGCCCUAGGAUUCUCAUGCACUCUGGGAUCGGACCCGCCAAACAAUUAAACGAAUACCAAAUUCCAAUAAUACAAGCGAACGAAGCGGUGGGUCAAAAUCUGCGAGAUCAUCUAUGCAUUCCAAUCGUCCACAGCCGGAAGGAACCUGGCGUCUCCAGCGCUUCGUUCUACGGCGAUGCGAAAGCAAUGGACGCCGCACUAGAGCAGUGGAAGAAAGACGGUACGGGGCCGUGGGCUAAAUACGGGGCCCAAGCCGCCAUCGGCUUUUUCAAACUUGACGAUAUCGCCAAGAUGAAGGAAUUUCAAGAUCUUCCCGCCGAGGAACAGAGAUUCAUGCUCCUAGACACGGUCCCGCACUACGAGAUCUUCACUCAUUUACCGGCGCAUAUGUUUUACCCGAUCCCCACCAUGAACUACCACUGCCUCGCGACCUGGUACUUCAACGGCCAGAGCCGUGGGGAAAUCACCUUGCAAUCCUCCGACCCCGACGUCCCCUUGAAAUACAACCCUAGGUUUCUGGCCUCGCCGUUUGACCGACGGGUGGCGAUCGAAUCCAUGCGCUCCCUCCUCCGCUUCACGGAACACGAAGCCUAUGCCAAGAACACCGUCGCGCUCAUAUCCGGACCCAAAUCAGAUUCCGACGAGGAUAUCUUGGAGUAUUGGGCCGAGAGGGUCAUUUCGAGCUUACACAUGACGGGGACGGCUAAGAUGGGAAAGCCUGGAGAUUCGAAUGUGGUUUUGGACAACAACUUUCGCGUCAUAGGCAUUGAAGGCCUUCGCGUGGCUGACUUGUGUGCUGUCCCCGUUUUGCCAAGCGGUCAUGUUCAGGCGACUGCUUACGUUACGGGGGUAACUUGCGCUGAGAAGUUAGCAAAAGAGUACCACCUUGAAUGAUCGUGCGAUGUACAGGUCGAUCAGGUGCGCCGCCUCUCCUGUAAAUUUUCAAUGCAGAGUUUAGAAUUGAUCGGUACGAAAAAAAGACACUUU